GGCAUUCGAGUGUGACGAGGACAAGGAUGAGAGAGAAACGCCCCCGCGGGAGGGCAAUCUGAAGCGUUACCCCACACCGUAUCCUGAUGAACUGAAGAACAUGGUGAAAACGGCUCAGUCCGUGGCUCACAGACUCAAAGAGGACGAGUCCGGUGACGAGGCAGGAAAAGAGACCAGGGCCAGUGAGAGGAACCACAUCGGAGUGCAGGAUGUUGGCGUGAAGGUGAUUGAAAGUCCCUGCACUAAUGGCAGAGCUGUUGAAAUGGAGCCUAAAGCAAUGAUGAACAGGCAUCAAAAUUACAAGCCUAUAGAUUCAUUAGACAACCACGGCGUUGAAAGGAUCCCUCUCAAGACCUCAGACAACAUGAGAACUAUGAUGAACCAUGAUGACACCCUUGAGGACUCGGAGGAGCUGUCAUCGGAGGAGGAUGAAAUGAAGAUAGCCGAGAUGAGACCUCCACUCAUCGAAAUCUCCAUUAACCAGCCUAAAGUAGUGGCCCUCAGCAAGGACAAAAAAGAUGAUGGGAAAGAUGCCGACUCUUUGCUUGAUGAGACGGUGGCCAACAGUAACCAGAACAACAGCAACUUUCAGAUAACAAUCUAA